GUGCAGUCUGCAAUAUCACCAAGAAUGGUCGCAAGAAUGCGCGAGCACCCCUCCAUUCCAUUCAGAGCGAGAGGCCCAACCAAUUGGUCGCCUUGGAUCAUGUCAAGCUGUCACCUACCCGGUCCGGGUAUUCAUAUGCUCUCACCAUGGUGGAUCACUAUUCCAAGUGGGUAGUGGUUGUGCCAGUCAAAGACUUAACAGCCAAGACGACAGCCCAGAAGUUCUACACCCAUUGGGUACAGAUACUUGGAUGUCCUGAAACUGUCUUGUCCGACCGAGGUCCGGCCUUUGAGGCCCAACUGUUUCGAGAAUUGUGCCAGUUCCAUGCUUGUAAGAAACUCAGGACCACUGCCUAUCAUCCGCAAGGGAAUGGACUCUGUGAGAGGAUCAACCAGGUGUUUAUCCACAUGCUGAGAGCGGCUUCUGUAUCCCGACCUGAAGAGUGGCCUCAACUAAUGCCCGAAUUGUUGGAAAUCUACAACAAUACCAUCCACUGUUCCACUGGUUAUACUCCAUUUUACCUCAUGAUGGGCCAACACGGUCAACUGCCUAAAGACAGGGUCUUUGGACUUCAAGCACCUUUCAACCACUCCCCCCAAGCCUCUUCGGAGUGGGUCUCGGAACAUCAGAAAAGGAUUCAGGAAGCGAGAGAGAUAGUCAACAAAAAGAUGGGCGAGGCACACUAUAGGCAGCAACAGGACUACAACCGCCAUGCCUCUGCCCAGCCGUUGCAAGUUGGUGAUAAAGUCUGGCUGAAGAAGCAUCCUAGAACCCAUAAGUUGGACUCCAUUUGGGAAACUGAACCAUACACAGUGAUUUCCAUCCCUUACCCGGACUCUGAUGUCUACUCAGUUCAAAAAGCCGGAUAUAAACCACAAGUUGUCCACCGAAACCGGAUCAAGCUGUGUCACAAAGGGAACCUGCCUGUGUUGGUGCCUCCUUCUGCACCACCAAGUCUUCCACCUCCAGUUCAGCCAGCACAAGUGCAGCCCACCAAGCCAGUUGAGCCUGAGAGGCCACUCCUGAUGUUCGAAGAUGAUCCUCUCUUCCCUUCUGAUCAAAACGUCUUCUUUGGUUAUGUGCCAAUCAGUUCCAUUCCAUCCACCUCAGUCUUGGCACCAGAAGCUCCAGAGUUUACUCCAGCCAUCCGCUCACCUGCUGCAGUCCCAUCAGAACCUUCUAAUGUGGGAGAAAGCUCCAUAAGUCAAGAGCCAUCACAGGCCCCCAUUGUCCAAGAUGAAGGUGCAGCUGUCAGUCCAGAAGAAGCAAGUGUUCAAGGAGAAAACAGUGCUCCAGAAAACUCAGAAAUGGUGUUGCGUAGAUCCGCCAGACCUAAUUUCGGAUAUCCCCCAGCAAGAUAUAGGGAUUAAUCCAUUAAUUAUACCUACAAUAUAUGUAGAUAGACUACAUACACCUCAGUUAGUAUACAUCUCAAGUAUACAUCAUUACUAACUAAUAUGUCACUAGUUACCUACUUACCUUAUUUAGUGUAUAGGAACAUACCUGGCCAGUAAGUCUCCUAUCCCUCACUUAAGCACUACAAAAA